AUGGCCGAAUCGAGCCACGCAAAGAUGCGGAUUGAGAUCCUUAUCCGCGGUUGGCAGGCCCGCAACGACGUGGCUGAGAACCCAGCCAAUCAACCAAGCUCGCUAUGGGAGAUGUUGGAGCAAUGGCCGGGUUCGGAUUAUCCCUGGACCCCAAGUUUCAAAGCUGGGGUCCAGGGAUCAUGGCUUAACCCUAACCAGGCCGAAGCAGGCACCCGGGGCACCCUGCUCCUGUCGGCCCUCUUGGAUCUGCGCCGGAUCGCCGGGCAUGGCGUGGACAAGAAGUUCCUUUGCACGGUAUGCAAUACCGCUUGUGCGCGUGGGAGCAAUCUAACGCGCCAGUACAUGAAAUACACCGGCGAGCGGUCGUACAGUUGCGAAUGCGGUGAGGCCUUCGCGCGGCCCGACAUACUCAAGCGUCACUCCAAAAAGCAUUGUUCUGCUCAGCACAAGGCCAUAGGUGCCGAUGGCAAUAAGAAUCCUAUGGGCUGUUUGGGAGAGAGAGGGAAAGUCACAGCGGCAGAUAUCGCACUAAAGCGGGCUGGCCACACAACGCCUCAGAACGGGAACAGGAUGCCUUCGCUUCGGAGAGCCAGUCUCGCCCGGUUGGAUGCACAUGGCCUAAUGUGAAUAAUACAGAGAAUAGGACGGCAUCAAGCAUUGUAAAUAUCAGAGUACAUGCC